CAAAGUUCCGAGGGCUUUGUCUCAAAGGAAAAUGGAGUUUGGCUGAAUUUCUCCCUGCUCCUCAGUAACCAAAGGCUAUGGUGAACUUCAUUUCUGACCCUGUCAGGAGAAAGCAUGGAGAAACCACAGGAAAACAAGCAGGGAGUGCGCAAAAACACACAGAGAGUGCAAGGAAGCCCGGGAACAGAAAGAAAAGAAACAAAGAGUCCACAAGAAAGCACAGACAGUACCCCAAAAGGCAUACCGAAAACACAUUCAGUAGCAGAACCGGUAGCAAAAGCACAUCCCAGUAAAACGAAGCUGCCAAAAAAGCUCAUUUGGAUUUCUUUGAUUUCUACCUUUUUAUCGAUGCAAUACGGUUACAACAUUUGGAUUGUCAACUCUCCUACUGUGCUCCUGCAGGACUUUUACAACAUAUCAACAUAUGAAGAGUUGAUGGAUCCAGAUUCACAGACGUUCAUGAUGUCAAUCACCAUUGCUUUGUUCCCACUUGGAGGCAUAUUUGGGGCACUUGUCUUUGGCUAUUGUGCGGAUAGGUUUGGCAGGAAAGGGACGUUGUUGAUCACCAACAUUUUAUCCAUUGUCUCUGCUAUGCUCAUGGGUUUAUCCAAUAAGGUGCAGCCAUUUGAAUUCACCAUGUUUGCGCGCGUGUAUACAGGGAUGUGCACGGGCCUCGUCUCCUGUAUUAUCCCUCUAUACCUCAGUGAGAUCUCUCAAACAAGCAUGAGGGGAAGCUUUGUCAUGAUGCACCAUCUCCUUCUAACCAUUGGAGUUGUGGUGGCUCGGGUACUUGCUCUUCGCGAACUCCUUGGGACAGCAGAAGGUUGGCCAAUAUUGAUGAGCCUUGGUGGAAUCAUGCCUUUAUUUCAGCUUGGCAUGUUGCCCUUGCUCCCUGAAAGUCCAAGGUAUCUACUGAUUCAGAAGAAGAAAGAAGAGGAUGCAGUAGAAGUCCUGAAGAAUCUGAGAGAGACGGAAGAUGUGGAGGAGGAAAUUGAAGAAUUCCACCAAGAAGCCAACUUUGAGAAGACAGAAAAGAAGAUUAACACACUUAAACUGCUCCUGCGGAGCCCAAACCUACGGUGGCAUGUCCUCACCAUCGUUGUCUUGAUGCUAGGCCAGCAAGUCACGGGUGUCAAUGCGGCAUACUAUUACACCACGAGAAUCUAUGAGGCUGCAAAAGUGGGAAGAGACAAAGUCCGGUUCGUUACUAUUGCCACAGAUACUUUUGUCUCCUUCUCGACCACAUUAGGGGUCUAUCUUGUUGAUUCUGUGGGGCGCAGGACUCUGCUUCUAGUCGGCUUUGGGAUAUGUUCAGUGACCUGUAUUCUGCUAUCUAUAACCAUGACCUUACAGGACAUCUACCCGUUUAUGACGUAUAUCAACACAGUUUUGGAUGAUGUGUUCCUCAUUGGACAUGGUUUCGGGCCAUAUCCGGUGCCCCCUCUUAUCGUAGCAGAGCUGUUUCUUCAAUCAUCGCGGUCCUCAGGUUUCGUGAUUGCAGGAGUUUUACAGUGGUUUUUUCACUUUAUUACGGGAGUGACCUUCCUUCGAACAGAGAAUCGUCUCAAGGGUUACAUCUUCCUCAUCUUCUGCCCCCUCUGCAUCGCCGUCUUCUAUUAUAUCUUUAACUUUGUCCCUGAAACCAAAAACAUGACCUUUCUGGAUAUCAGGAAACUCAUGGCGAUCCAAACAGCCAAGAGAAGCAAGGUCAAGGUACACGUGGAUAAAUAAAAUUUCAGGCCUGUGUGGUGUGAUCCAGAUGACUGAGGGGAUCCAGGUCAAGGGGCAGACAUGCAGACCAACGGGACCAUGUUUCUGUGCAAUGCUUGACUUUUUUGUUUGCUUGUUGGUUUGAUGGAUAUUAUUUUUUUUAAAUAAAUGAAGUCCAGCA